AACAGCGGAAGUCUACCGCAGGGAAGAUAACAUUAGGCUUCUAGCCUACUUGUAGAAGACAUCAGAGCACUUCAGUACAAUAUCCACCAUGGCUUACAGUGCCAUGAUCGGCCCAUCCAUUCUAAGCAGUGAUCUCGCCUGCUUGGGUAGUGAGUGUGAGCGGAUGAUGGAGUGCGGGGCAGAUUACCUCCAUCUCGACGUUAUGGACGGGCAUUUCGUCCCAAACAUCACGUUUGGCCAUCCCAUGGUGGAGUGCCUGAGGAAGUCUGUGGGACUGGACCCUUUUUUUGACAUGCAUAUGAUGGUGUCCAGGCCGGAGCAGUGGGUCAAGGCCAUGGCAGCAGCAGGGGCCAACCAGUACACCUUCCAUCUGGAGGCCACCACCAACGCUGGCAACCUCAUUAAAGACAUCCGGGAGAGUGGGAUGAAGGUGGGCGUGGCCAUCAAACCUGGUACUACAGUAGAGGAGUUGGCUCCCUGGGCAGGACAGAUAGACAUGGCCCUGGUCAUGACUGUGGAACCUGGCUUUGGGGGACAGAAGUUUAUGGAGGACAUGAUGCCCAAGGUGGCAUGGCUGAGGAAUCAAUUCCCUUCGUUGGACAUUGAGGUGGAUGGAGGAGUGGGCCCUGACACCAUCCACAAGUGUGCCGAGGCGGGGGCUAACAUGAUUGUGUCAGGCAGUGCAGUGGUGAGCAGCCCCGAUCCUCGCUCUGUCAUCGCUCUGCUGCGUACUGUGGUUGUUGAGGCAAUCCAGAAACGCUCGCUGGAUCGUUGACUCAUCUACCGUCAGAAUGACCCUGUGACAAAUGGCCCACUGCAGCCUGUUCUAUCAAAGCAGCUGACAAACUUGUCGGGAGGGUCAAGGGGUGAUUGUGUGCACAGUAUAUGACCGGGGGUUGGGGAUUGCAGAUUGGGUGCUGAAGUCACAGAAGUUAGACCCUCUUCAAAUCAUCAUCAUAUCUACCACACCUUCACCAACACCCCUCCAGUUAACUCCACGGUUAUCCACCACCAGCAGCGUACGCCUGCAAACAAUUAUGCGACAACUGAUACAAGAGGAGUCUUGGUUAUAUAUGAUUUCACACUUGAAUUGUAAACAUUCCGGUAAUUUUUUUUAAAUUGUAUUUUUGGUGAGUUAGAAAAAUUGCUAAAUGAUUAUAACAUUUAAUAUGUUCAAUUAAAUGUGUUAAAAUUUACCUGUUUAGUGUGUUACUUGAGGGGUGGGGGUGGAGUAGACUGAUGGUCAUCUUACAGGAAGUUGUGAAAACCACAGUGUCAGAGCAUUGAGAUGUAUACAAUUCAGGAGGUCUGGGACGGUUGCAUUGCGUGCAUUUGAAUUAACAAAGGAUACCGAAACUCUGAAAAGUACUCCCAUCUCGCAGUGCCUCUCCACAGGGAACCUCACUCCAUAUGGGUUGGCCCCUCCCAACCUGUGAGUCACAGAACCCCGCACUUCAAGUAAUCAGACUACAGUACUUGCGUUGGAGGUUACAGGUUGGUACCUGUGAGCCCUGUCGGCUCGGUUUUUGUGGAGCGGGCUGCUAAGUAGCGAAUGGGUCGCAGCUGUGCAGCUCGUUUGCUGAGUGGGGAUCCAGCUGGGAGAGCUGGGAAGGCUUUACUGUCUGGGGAGAUCACAAAGUCUAAAGAUUUAGCAUGGUCAGUGAUCUGUACCAUCUCUUAGAUAAGCCAUGUGAGUUGUCACGAGUUCUGAAAGGUAGUCAGUUAGCCUUUCUACGUGAAAUUGUCUUCCCCUUCAGUUUCCUCACCAGUAGGAUGUUCUUGACCAGACACAAGGUGGCAGGCAUGGACAAAUACAUUCAGAAUAGUAACCAAUAUGUUGAAUGAUAACUAUAUGUGAAAUGCUUGUAUGUUAAUAAAUGCCUUCUCCAAAAUGAA